AAAAGAAGAUAGUGUCAAAUGAAGUUUUAGUGCAAAAUAUACAAAACUCUAAAGACCCAGACAAUACACAAAGGAAUACUAUAUGUUAUGUUAGUGAUAAAUGUUUUAUCUGCCCUGGUGAAAAUGAGAGGUGUAUUGGACUGAAAGACCAUACAUGUGCCUUAGCUUUAUAUUCCAACAAAUAUCCCACUGUAAAAUACCAGAAUCAAGGGUUCAAUACCACAUAUCAUGAAAUUCAAUCAAGCAUAUUUGGAUUUGAUUAA